AUGGAGAAGGAUGAUUUCUUGAAGAGUCGUCAUGGAGGAGAAGAAAGACAUGCGGAGAUGAGAAAACUCGAUGCAUCUCACGAUGAUCCUCAUCAAGAUAUUAUAAGAUCCAAGCUGGACUCAACUAAAGUCGAAAUCGAGGAGGCUAGAGAGGAAAAUCGAAUUCUAAAGUCAUCCUUGAGCAGGAUAAAAAAGGAGUUUGAAGUUCUUCAAACACAAUACAAUCAAUUAACGGUACAACAUGAAGACCUUAAUAAGUUCUCAACAAAGGGCCAUCAUCAAGACAAAAACGAAGAUGAAGAAAAAGAAAGAAUUAGCGAGCGCGACGAACUUGUCUUGUUGAGCUUAGGUACACGCUUAAAAUCGCCAGUUCCAAGUGUUUCAGUAACGAACAAAGAAGAAAAAACGAAAGAUUUCAUGGAUGAAACCGGUGAUGAAAAAAACAUUGAUGAACAUAAAAGAAGUAGUUAUCAAGGAUUAAGUCUGGGAUUUGAAUACAAAGAUUUGAGUAAUCCUACUGAGAAGUUUGAGAUUGGCCAUAAUCAAGCAAAUACGUCCUUGGUAGUUAGUAACAAGACUAAGAUACCGUCAGAAAAUAGUUUUGGGUUUAAGAAUGAUGGAGAUGAUCAUGAAGAUGAAGAAGAGCUUUUGCCUCAAAACCUUGUUAAGAAAGCUAGGGUUUCUGUGAGGUCAAGAUGUGAGACAACUAUUAGAUAUAGAAAGUAG